GGGCUGUAACCCGCUCCCACAGCCACGCAUCUCAAACCGAUUGAAUUCUGAGUCACGAACAAUCGACUUACGAACAUAAAUUUGCAUCGCAAGCUUGCAACUCCACGUGUGGAAGCGGCCAUGCCGAAGUUGCCAACAUAAGGAGGAUGAACCCUGAUGCUCAAUACGUGUUGCUGCUGCUAGAGAGAUCUGACCAGCAAGCAUCCAUCACCGGACAACAGGUACUUCUCGACAUCUCUAACAUGCGUGGCGUAGCCGGGGCGCGCUUGUACGGAAACCUCACCGAUCGGCAGAGAGCAGCAUCAUCGAUGUACAUCGAGCCGACGACCUGGCCUAUUGUUGUCGUGUUUCCGCCGCACGGGGACCGCAUGCAGAGGCUGCACUGGGGCUCGUGGAGAACUAGUCCCGUAAUGCGUGCCGUCAACGACUACCUGAGGAAGCGCAUGCUGCCGCUGGUACCGCCUACAUACAACAGGGACCUAGAGAGCUCCCUCUGGCAGUCGCUGUCUCAUGAUGUCCAGUUGGUGGAGGGAGAACUGAAUGGUGACAAGAUGGCGGCGUUGAGAGAGUAUGUCGGUGUACUCGCGAAGUAUUACCCCGGUGAGCAGCGCGUCGUGAGAAAGCUGCAUCAGCUGCUGCAUUGGCUAUGGGGCCGAAACGCAACAACAUUGCAGGAGUUUUCCGUGAAGCUCACGGGAAAACCCGAUCAACCGCACGGCAAUGACACCUACAUUAGCGAUGUUGUGGGAUGGGUCGCUUGCCGGGGUAGCCAGCCUCGUUACCGCGGUUACACCUGCGGCCUGUGGCAGAUGUUCCACUCGCUGACCGUCGCGGCGGAGGCAGCCAACAGAAGCAUGAAUUCAGGGUUACAGUCGUCGCCGUCGUCGCCGGCGACAGAUCCCCUCGAGGUGCUUCACGCCAUGCGCUCGUUCGUCAGACAUUUCUUCGGCUGCCAGGUGUGCCGCCAAAACUUCCUGAACCACGAGUCCGUCACCAUGGAGACGGACGUGCACGACCAUGAGGGGGCGAUGCUGUGGAUGUGGCGGGUGCACAACUCGGUGAAUCGGCGGCUGAGUGGAGCGUUCUCCGAGGAUCCGCUCAGUCCCAAGGUGCAGUUCCCCGUCGAGUCGGCCUGCCCACUGUGCCACGGCAAGGUGGGCUGGCGCCCUGGCGACGUACUCUACUACCUACGUCAGAUGUACGGCGCAGGGAACAUAGUCUAACAAGGGCAGGAGAGAGAGAGAGAGAGAGAGAGAGAGAAAGAAAGAGAGAGGGAGAGAUGGAGGGAGAUAUAUAUAUAUAGAGAUGCAUAGAGAGAGAUGGAUAAAGAUCGAGAGAUGGAUAGAGAUUUUUAGAGACAUGGCGAGGGUGAUUGUGAGCGACAGAGAAAGAAUGCGCAAGCUGGCCGCAUUGAACAAAAUAGAAGGAAACCGGACGAAGUGCAAAAAAGAGACAGGAGGGAGAGAAGACCAUGUUAGGGGAAAGGGAAGAGCGAGCAACGAGAGCGCAAGGGGAGAGCAUCAAACGAACAUUAAAGCGAGAAUGAGAGGAGAAAUCAAGCGAUAUAAGGAUAUGGGGUUCUCUCUCCCCAUCACCGUUUCCAAGGCGCACAAAUAACGUUUGUAAUCACGUUGUGAAAAAAAAUGUACACCUAGCUACGUUUAUACCAAAUACAAAA